GUUCGAUUCGCGACAAUGUGAGGGUAGCUCGAUCGCUCGAACAUAUUGUCGACUUCAAUGUGGUCGAUACCACGGCUGCUGAGCCUUGCGGCCCUGCUGGUCCAGACGCAAGCACUCUACUUCUACAUUGACGGGCCAACGCAGAAAUGCUUCUUCGAGGAGCUACCAAAGGACACGCUGGUGGUUGGCACGUUCAAGGCAACACAAUGGAACGAGCAAUCUCGAGAAUACGUUGAGAACCCGGAUAUGGGCAUCUACAUAACGGUCGACGAGGUUUUCGACAACGAUCACCGCAUCGUCGCCCAACGCGGCAGCAGCAGGGGCAAAUUCACCUUCUCCGCUGCCGACUCGGGCGACCACCGCCUCUGCUUCACGCCCACCAACGUCCCCGCCACUUCCGGCUUCCUUUUCUCAGGCUCGCAAGUCGGCGGCAUCAAGUUCGAGCUCGACAUGGCUAUUGGAGAGACGUCACAGAUUGAGUCCUCGGAUAAGGAUAAACUGGGUGAAGUGGUGCAGAAGGUGAAGGACAUCAAUGCGCGGUUGCAAGACGUGAGACGUGAGCAGGUGUUUCAGCGGGAGAGGGAGGCGGAGUUCAGGGAUCAGAGUGAGAGUGUUAAUGCGAGGGUGGUAAGGUGGUCGUUGAUACAGUUGGCUGUAUUGGGUGUUACGUGUGCGUGGCAACUCAGCUAUUUGCGCGCGUUCUUCAUCAAGCAGAAGCUUACAUAGCGGUCUCAUAUACUGCACUGCGAAGAUGGUCCUGCAAAGCUAUGAUACCAUGUCAAAUCAUAUUCAGUGCU